CAGGCACGCGACGCCCCAUUGCCCGCCAUGCCGCCUCGCAUAUCGCUGCCGGUGCGCCUGCGGGCGCCCACUGCCCCGCAAUGCUCGCCCGCUUCCGCCAUCCGCGCCUUCAGCACCACGCCCGCAAACAAUGCCAAGAACAAGCAAGCCAACAUGUCCCUCGCCGCGCGCCGCAAGCUGCACGACCCGUACCUCCGGGCCCAGGCUCGCGCUCGCAAGGCUGCCAAUCUCUCUCGCCGCGCCGUUCUGCAGGAAGAGCGCGCCCAUCUGCUCGGUGACCCCGUCAGAGGCAUUCCCACGCCGUUUGUCCAAAGCUUCGACACUCAGCUGCCUCAAACCCCCAAGGUCACCGACGCCAAGAUCUCCUCUACCACCACCACCGACCCCUCUCAGACCCCCGAAGGCCCAGAUGCCACCUCUGAGCGUUUCCUCAACCACUACCUCUCGCCGCAAGAAAUCAAAGAGUCGUUGGCGAUUUCGAACAAGUUGACCACGCCGGCUGAGCAGGGGGAGAUUAGCGAGCAGCUGCGGCUUCAGAAUGAAGCCUUCUCCAAGUCUCCCGAGACCAUCGCGCUUGAGCAGAGCAAUGCCGCAACCGCCAUCCAGCGCAUUGUCAGCCUGGCAAACGCCAACUCCAAGGACAAGACGCGCGCCAACAUUCAGCGGUGCAUUGAUAUGUUUGGCCGGCACAAGACGGACCUGAUAUUCCCUCCCCGGCCGACGGCGCAGACGACGCAGCAUGCCCCGCCGCCAGUUCCCGUCGAAGGCAGCGUGGUCGGGGCAGACGGCACCGCGCCGCUGAACCCCGAGGCUCUUACUCGCGCCGGCCCGGACACUGGCAGCAGCGAGGUCCAGAUUGGCAUCCUGACCGUCAAGAUCAAGGCGCUCGCCGACUAUCUCCAGCUCCGGGGCAAGAAGGACAAGGUCAAUAAGCGCAACUUGAGGUUGUUGGUGCACAGGCGGCAGAAGCUGCUGCGGUACGUGCAGAAGAAGGAGCGGGGUGGUCCUAGGUGGCAGCACCUUGUCGAGACGCUGGGUCUGACAGACGGCACGUGGAAGGGCGAAAUUUCUUUGUAAAGGGUGGAUAUGGGCGGUUACGUGUAAAAAUGGAAAAUGAAUCUUCACUAUCGGCGGGUGUACGCUCUAGAUCGCAAGAAAGCAUCAACAGUAGACGCAUUCUAUUAGCAGAAGAGGGCCGUUUUAGGCUUAUUUCCACGUUGGGGGAAGCUAUACAAUCAAGGUCUCAAGCUCGCCAAAGCUCCAUUUUAUCAUUUCGUCUGUGUAUCUCAGCAUUGUCUCUGCGACGUUGCCCAAGGUAAGGGAUAUCAAAUAGCACAAGUUAUCAGGUAAAUUCAAAUCCGGAAAAGUCGC